AUGUGGAAACAUGCAAAUGUACUACCAGUGCCUAAAGAAUCUAUCUUAAACUCUCUUAAUCAACUAAGACCAAUCUCUUUAACAGAUAUUAUAAUGAGAUUAUUUGAAAGAAGUGUGUUCAAAACUGAGAUAGCACAUGUUACAAGACACGCUAUUGAUUCAGAUCAGUUUGCAUACAAGGAAGGUCACAAUUCGAUUAUGGCUCUGAUCAAGUGCCAACACACAUGGUUAAGAUGGUUAGAAGGAGAUGCAAAAUAUGUCAGAGUAUUAUCUUUUGACUUUCGCAAAGCAUUCGAUAGCGUUCCACAUGAUAUUUUAUGUGAGAAGCUUAAGAAGCUCCCCAUCAACCCAUAUGUUACUAAUUGGCUGAUUAGUUUUUUGGAGGAUAGGAAACAGAGGGUAGUGGUUGAUGGAAUGGAAACUGAAUACUUGAACAUUAAUCGAGGUGUUCCCCAAGGAACAGUUCUGGGUCGUGUCCUCUUUUCGAUCAUGGUGAAUGACAUCAAAACAGUUAACCCCAUAAACCAGUUAGUUAAGUUCGCGGAUGACAUGACAUUAGAAGUACCAGGGAAUGAAAACGGAGAUACAUCCCAAGCCGAAGUGGACAGUAUACAAACAUGGUCUGAAAAUAAUCGAAUGUCCUUAAAUAUGGAAAAGACGUAUGAAAUGAUUGUUAGGAGAAAUAUCCCUACGCUGUUGCCUGAUCCUUUUCCAUUUAUUAAACGAAGGACGUGGUUAAAGAUUUUAGGAAUUACAUUACAGGAUCUCCCUUCCAAGUGGGAUUUGCAUUUUGAUGAAAUGUUGAAAAAAGCCAGCGCAAGAAUGUACAUAAUGCGUGUCUGUAAAUACUAUGGCUUCCCAAUCAAACAACUGGACAUGCUGUUUAACACUUUAAUUAUGCCUAUAAUCACUUACGGCAUAGAACUUUGGGGAGGCGCAUACUUCAAUAAAUACAUUAGUCAAAUAGACAAAUUCAUCAAUCGCGCUCACAGAAAUGGUUACAUAUCGGAAAAAUUGAAUAUUAAGGAGAUAAGCAUCAAAAGGGACAAGAAACUUUGGGAUAAAGUAAUACAUAAUAAAGAUAAUGCACUACAGGAGCUUUUACCAGAUAAAUUAAAUAGACACCUUAGGCCAAGGGGACACGAGUUUGAACUUCCAUUA